AUGAUUCGGGGGAAAUCCAGAUUUACGAAAUACAUUGUCGCUGCAUUCGCCAGUUAUAUUAUCCUCACUCUUUUCUUCAGUGGUACGGGGGAAAAGUAUUGGAAACAGGACUGGGUGAAGAUCGCGCGGUCCACGUUAGAGGAUCGGGCGCUGGAACAUAUUCAAAAUGAGACGCUUGGGUUUGAACACAUUUACGCCAUUGGGCUGAAAGAACGAACAGAUAAGCGCGAUUUCCUCAACCUCGCUGCGUCGAUAGCCGGGUUUCGGGUCGAAUGGGUAGAUGGGGUACAUCCAGAGGAUAUGAGCGAGAAGGCUCUGCUCAACGAUAAUCUAUUAACACCAUCCGAGAUAGGAUGCUGGCGCGCUCAUAUGAACGCUUUGAGCAAUAUGGUCCAGAAUGCCUACUCAACAGCGCUUAUCCUUGAAGACGACGCAGACUGGGACGUUAGCAUUAGGCAGCAACUUCGCGAAUUCGCUCGAGGCGUGCGCGCGUUAACCAGAAAUGCUAAUACGACCAAGAGCGCUCCAUACGGCACCAACUGGGACAUCCUCUGGGUGGGCGGAUGCGCUUCAUCUGCCGCUCCCAACGAGACGCAAUUCUAUGCCAUCCCAAAUGACCCAACUGCCCCCAGUGUCGAUCACCGUGGUACGUGGGGCGGCCCCCUCGACUCAUGGAAGGAGAUUUAUCCUGAGACGUCUACUCGUUUCAUUUAUCGGGCUGAUAUGGGCUGCUGCACCUAUGGGUACGCGGUGACCAAGCGAGGCGCAGAGAGAAUCCUAGCAGCCUUAGCAAUCGAUCGGCUCGUGGCUGCAGUGGAUAACUCUAUGGCUGAUAUGUGUGGUGGUAAGGAUGGCCGUUCGCAGAUCGAGUGUUACGCGCCGUUCCCCAACAUCAUCGGGACGUACAAAGCGGCCGGUCUUGCGUCAAAAGAUUCGGACAUCCGUGAAGGCAGCGACGAGUGGCACGAGGCACAGGCUUGGAACCUCAUGUACAGCACUCGACUGAAUAUUCAUCGACUGGUGGCUGGUAGGGAUACUGUUUAUGCCCAGUAUGAUGAGGGUUUUCCUUGGUCGCGGCGCGUGUUAAAUUGGAAGGAGUUCGAGUACCCGAGGGGUUAUCUAAACCCCAAGCUCAAUUCCCGCGAAAUUCAGAGUCUAAGCAUACAAAGUCUGGUCCCUGACGGAAACAGGAACCGCCACCCCUCUCCCAAGGUUUACAGGAGCCGUACAAUCCCACAUUCCAGUGCCCGCAACCAUCCCUAUCUUACUUCCGUUUCCGGCUUCGAUCCAGGUUCCCCGCCCCCCUGGCGCACAUCACGAGUACGAGAAGUAACUAUAAAGUGUAACAUUGAGGACGAUGAGUGCAAGGGUUUAUUGACUUCGAUAAGCUGCACUCCUGCAAGCCCACCACCACCACCAUCAUCGGACGAUGUGAAGCUGGAGCUGGGAUAUUAUUCAUAUGAGGACGAAAAGAGGCCUGGGGUGUUGUCUGAGGAGCCGGAAAAGCAGAUAGGGAGUAUCGGACUUCUUGUAUGGAUGACAAUUAAUAUUGUCGCGACUGUUGCUAUUGUCUUCACUAACAAAUCCAUCCUCUCCAAUGCAUCUUUCCACAACUCACAAGUAUCCUUCGCCGCCUACCAUUUCACCAUCACCGGACUCACACUAUGGCUAGCAUCGCGGCCAUUCUGCGGCUGGUUCGAACCCAAGCACGUAUCGCCCUAUCGAAUCCUCCACCUUGUUGCGGCUAUGUGCAUCCAGGUCAUUUUUCAGAACCUGGCUUUGGCCUACUCGUCGGUUAUCUUUCACCAGCUGGCGCGGCUGCUCCUUACACCUGCUACGGCGUUGUUAAAUUUUGUGCUGUUCCAGUCCAGCAUCCCCAGAUCGGCGUUCCUUCCCCUGGUCCUGCUCUGCACGGGAGUUGGCAUUGUCUCGUACUUUGAUUCACUACCGUCCGCGAAAGGCAACGAUACUACGACACCAGAGGGUAUUUUCUUCGCUUUGUCGGGUGUGUGCGCUAGUGCAUUGUAUACGGUCUUGGUGGGCCGGUAUCAUAAGAAGCUGGAGAUGAGUAGUAUGCAGCUUCUACUCAAUCAGGCCCCUGUCAGCGCGGCUGUCCUGCUGUGUGUUGUUCCGUGGAUGGAGACGUUUCCGGAGGUUGCGACUGUCCCUGGGUCGUUGUGGACUUCGAUACUUGCGUUCUAUAUAAUUGAUGCUGCUGGGCCGGUUACAAGCACGGUGAUCGGACAGCUCAAGACGUGCAUCAUUGUAGGGUUGGGAUGGGUGCUGAGUGAUCAUGAGAUUCUGCGGCAGAGUGUCGCGGGUAUUUUGAUGGCUUUGGCGGGAAUGAGCUUGUAA